GGCGGAGAAUAGCGGGCAACCGGAGACGUGAAAGGGCCCCCAGAGGAAGGAGGCGACCGUGCGGCUUCCCCAGGCUCGCCUCGCUUCUCCUUUUUCCUCGGCGCCGGCAAGCCACGAAUUGCCGCUGCCUCAGGCUGUGGUUCCUCGGGAGGCGGCAGGAGGAGGAGGAGGAGGAGGAGAGCGGCUGCAGUCGCAAAGUCACCCCCCGCCGCCGCCGCCGCCUUGAGCCCGGGGCCAUUAAACGGGCAGAGAGGCAAGGAGGAAGGGAGAGGCGAGGCGCCCUCGCCCGCCGCCAGAGGCCCCUUCCCGGCUUGUCUCGGAACCUUCCUCGACCCGCCUCGUCUCUCGGAGGGCCUGCAAAAAAGCGUUGCACCCAACUUCGCCGAGGCUGCUGCUGAGGAGGAGGUGGUGGAGGAGGAGGACCUGGAGACCCGGGCAAGUUUCCCGAUGGCUGCAGGGAGCUCGCCUUGCCUUCCCACCCUCUCCGAGGGUUCAGCUGCUUAAAAAAAAGGGGGGGGGGAAAUAAAGUGAAAAAGGAAAGGAGAGAAAAAAACAACCCCAGAGGGAUGAGAAACCUGCCAAGAUCUGCACUCCCUCCCCUCCGCAUCUCUUUUCGCCCUCCUCGGAGUUGCAGGCACCCUAGCGACUGAAUAAGUGUUGCCUCGUAGCGACCCAUAAACACACCGAACAGAGACCACGUCCUAUAUGCACGUAUUUCCCUAAGAGGUUUCCGCGGGGUGGCUUGCUUCCCCCCCCUUUUUUAUUCCCCCCCCCAUUACAGGGUCGCUGGUUUCCUUCCUGCUGCUGCUUCCCUCUGAAAGAACAUUUUGCCCUCGAGAGCGGGAAGAGAAGAUGCAGACCUUCCUGAAAGGGAAACGGGUUGGGUACUGGCUGAGUGAGAAGAAAAUUAAAAAGCUGAAUUUCCAAGCCUUUGCGGAGCUUUGCAGGAAAAGAGGGAUAGAAGUUGUACAGCUUGACCUUACCAAACCGAUAGAAGAUCAGGGCCCAUUAGAUGUGAUCAUACAUAAACUGACAGAUGUCAUAAUUGAAGCUGACCAAAAUGACAGCCAGUCCCUGGAGUUGGUUCACAGAUUCCAGGAAUAUAUUGAUGCUCAUCCUGAAACUAUCAUUCUGGACCCCCUCCCAGCUAUUAGGACACUGCUGGACCGGUCAAAGUCUUAUGAGCUUAUUAGACAAAUAGAGGCCUACAUGCAAGAUGAGAGGAUCUGUUCACCACCGUUUAUGGAACUGACAAAUGUGUGUGGAGAAGACAUCUUGCAGCAAAUAGAAAAAAAUGGAAUUGCGUUCCCAUUCAUUUGUAAAACAAGAGUAGCCCAUGGAACCAAUUCCCAUGAGAUGUCUAUUAUAUUUAACCAGGAAGGACUGAAAGCCAUCCACCCCCCAUGUGUGAUUCAGAGCUUCAUCAAUCAUAAUGCCGUCUUGUACAAAGUCUUCGUAGUUGGAGAGUCAUACACUGUGGUCAAAAGACCAUCUGUAAAAAACUUUUCAGCAGGCAUUUCAGAUAGAGAAUCAAUAUUUUUCAACAGCCACAAUGUAUCAAAGCCAGAAUCUUCUUCCAACUUAACAGCACUUGAUAAAAUAGAAGGAGUGUUUGAGAGGCCAAAUGAUGAUGUCAUCCGGGCAAUCUCAAAGACGCUGCGGCAGGCAUUGGGAGUUUCCCUCUUUGGGAUUGACAUCAUUAUUAACAACCAGACCGGUCAACAUGCUGUCAUUGAUAUCAAUGCAUUCCCAGGUUAUGAGGGUGUUUCCGAAUUCUUCACAGACCUCCUGAACCACAUAGCGACCGUCCUGCAAGGCCACGUUCCAGAAGGAUCCCAGCUAAGCCGUAGUAAGCAUCUGGCUGAGCAAACCAGCAACCUCACUGGGGAGCGGACAUGCUGCGCCGCUGCGCCCUGCCGGAGCUUGGUGGGCAAAGACUCCUGGAUUGUCGAUGGCGAGACCAACGCCAUGAAGCUUCAGCACCAGAGACUAGGCUGCAAUUCCUCCGUCUCUCCUAGCUUUCAACAACACUGUGUUGCCACAUUGACAACGAAGGCUUCCUCCCAAUAACCCAGUCAGUGCCAUGGACUGAGAGAAAAGAAACUCUGAGCCCAAGGAUCAGAGCAGGCUGCUUGGUAAUUGUGCUACUAAACAAAACAAAGCAAAUCUAUAUUCAUUCAAUGUGAUUUUUUAAAAAAAGAAAACAAAAAUUAAUAAUCUGGGUCCACUUCAUCAGAUUCCUCUUGUAGAUCUGUUUUGAGAUAAUGUGUGUGUGUGUGUGUGUUCAUGUGUUCUAAACACUAGACCUUAACGUAGGAAAAUGGGGAUUUGUUGUCUUCCUUUCCCUUCCUUCUUCAUGGCCAUUAAUAGCUAGAAUUUUAAAGAUAAAUAUUGUGCAUUUUAAGGAUUCUGGGUGACGGCAAAACGUGCGUUGAGUUGUGCCUUGUGGUUUGGACUGCAGUUCCCAGGAUUCUUGAAGGCAAAACUCUUGAUAGUUUCAAUCCACAAACACACACCUAUAAACUCUUAUGUUUCCUUCAUCUGGCACAGGGCCUAACUCCCAGGCUGCCUGGCUUUCUCCAACCUAACAGGCAGCAAGACUGUGACUCUCAGGAAGUACCACAGAAGCUCCUCCCUCCCCCCACCCCCGUUUUGCAUUAACAACAGGAACCAAAGCUGGAAAAAGCCAUGCAGCCAUGGAAGUAGGCCCUGCCUCAGGUGAGCAAAAUGAAAGUGUCUGAAGACUUGCAUUUGUAGACUGAAAAUCAUAUUUUCUUCCCUUUAAUGUAAACAUCAAAGAUGGGUGUUCUGGGGCCCCCUUUUUGUUCCAAAAGAAGCCUCUGCUUUUUGUUUUGUCAUCAUCAAAGUUAAAGUCUCAGAGUCUCCCAGCCAACAUAGCUACUGGCUGUGCUGGUUGGAGGAUUCUGAGGACUCUGUUCUACAAAAAAAAAAUAUUUAAAAAAUCAAGCUAUUUGUCUUAUAUUUGUGGUAUAUGAUUUCAUCAGCAAUUGGUGACAAUCUCACAUCUCUCUCAAGGAUUAAAUUGGGCAGAUUCUUUUCAAUAUACCCUCCCCCCCUUUUCUGCUGUUUUUCUAAUCCUGUGGCUGCAGGAAAGUCAACCUUAUUUCUAACUACUAUUUCCCAUUACUCCUUUUUCUCUGUUUUUAUAAAGGGCAGAAUUUUUUUAAUAAACAAAUGUGUGGUAACCUUUUACACAACUCCCUCUAUCACACUUUGGGUUGGUUUUCUGGGAUAAUUUCACAAGGGCAACACAUAUUAACUAUAUGCUUCAUUCAUAGUCUGACCAUACCCUAAGAUCCAACAGCAACAUAAAAGUUCAUCUUAACACUAUUUGUUUUCAGUGCAACAUCAGUUUUGUUCAGGUUUCCACCAAGAAUUGUAUUGUUAGUGAGACUCCGUGACCCAGAUAUCUAAAUGUGUUUAUGCUGCUAAAAUCUCAUACUCCACAGCAGUGGAGGGAUUGUGUAGUUUGAGGCCUAUGGACUCUUUUAGACAGUUACUAGAGGGAACUUCGUGCAUUCAUGAUGAUCAGGUGUUAAUGUAUUUAGCUUAAGCCAGAAUUCACUAAAGUAGGUUCUGCUGUCAAAAUAGUUUCCUUGUGCUACCAAAACCUGCUCCAGACAACUCAGAAACCCUCUGGAGUGUGUUUUCUGGUAAUGCAGAGGGCUGCAGUUAUGUAUCACAAAUCAGGAAAGGGAAGAAAAUAUGAUGUUAGCAGUUGGGUGCUAAUGCAACACU